ACUUAACUCAAUUCAGAAUUGGUUUCUCUCUAGAGAUGGCUCAAUUAUUUUUCAUUCUCUGCUUCAUUCUUACCCAUUUCAUCCCCAUAGCUACUUCUCUAAACGAUCAAGGUCUUGCUCUUCUCUCCUUUAAGCAAUCCUUGCAAAACCAAAAAGACUCUGUUUUCAGCAAUUGGAACUCCUCAGAUUCAAACCCUUGUUCUUGGCAAGGCAUUACAUGUAAUGAUGAUCUGAGAGUUGUCUCAGUUCGUCUUCCAAGCAAAGGCCUUUCUGGUUCUCUUAAUCCUUCUGUUGGAACCCUCUUGUCCCUUCGUCACAUUAACCUCAGAGACAAUGAUCUUCAAGGGAAGUUGCCUGUCGAACUCUUUGGACCAAAAGGUCUUCAAAGCUUGGUACUUUCUGGAAACUCCUUUUCCGGGUUGGUUCCAGAAGAGAUUGGGAGGUUGAAGAGUCUGAUGACUUUGGAUCUUUCGGAGAAUUCUUUCAAUGGUUCGAUCCCUUUGUCGCUUACUCAAUGCAAGAAGCUGAAAACGCUUGUUCUUAGCAACAAUGGUUUCUCUGGAUAUCUUCCAACCGGUUUAGGUUCUAAUUUGGUUCAUCUUCGGACGCUGAAUUUUUCUUUCAACCGCCUAACCGGAACGAUCCCUGAGGAUAUAGGAAGCCUGAAGGAUCUGAAAGGUACUCUUGAUCUUUCUCAUAACUCCUUCUCAGGUUUGAUUCCAACGAGUCUUGGAGAUCUCCCUGAGCUUCUCUAUGUCGAUCUUUCUUACAACAAUUUCACCGGUCCGAUACCAAAAUCCAAUGUUCUGUUGAACGCCGGGCCAAAUGCUUUCCAAGGGAACCCUCUCCUCUGUGGAUUACCUAUAAAGGUUUCUUGCGAUACAAGAAACACACAGAUUGUUCCUUCUCAGCUAUAUUCAAGAAAAGCCAACCAUCAUUCACGAUUAUGCAUCAUCCUUACAGCCGCCGGAGGCACAUUCGCAGGGAUUAUCUUUCUUGCUUCGUUAUUCAUCUACUAUCUCAGAAAAGCAUCGGCUCGUGCACACAAAGAUCAAAACAACCGAACAUGUCAUUUAGAGAAGAAGACAAAGCAAGAGUUUCUCUGUUUCAAGAGUGGAAACUCAGAAUCCGAAGCGCAAGAUGAGAACAAGACUCAACAGGUUUUCAUUCCAAUGGAUCCGGAGAUCGAGUUUGACCUCGACCAGCUUCUGAAAGCCUCGGCCUUUCUUUUAGGGAAGAGCAGGAUCGGGCUUAUCUACAAAGUUGUUCUUGAAAACGGGUUAAUGUUAGCCGUUAGAAGAUUAGAAGAUAGAGGUCGCUUAAAGCUCAAAGAGUUUCUUGCUGACGUUGAAGCAAUGGCGAAAAUAAAGCACCCGAAUGUCUUGAAUCUUCAAGCUUGUUGCUGGUCACCAGAAGAGAAACUCUUGAUCUAUGAUUAUAUACCAAAUGGUGACCUUGGUUCGGCAAUUCAAGGUAGACCUGGUAGCUUGUCUUGCAAGCAACUUUCUUGGCCGGUCCGGUUAAGAAUAUUGAGAGGAAUCGCAAAAGGAUUGAGUUACAUUCACGAGUUUAGUCCCAAAAGAUACGUCCAUGGACAUAUAAACUCCAGCAACAUACUUCUUGGACCGAAUCUUGAACCGAAAAUCUCAGGUUUCGGUUUGGGGCGUAUCGUGGACAUGUCUUCUUCAGAGAUCAGAUCGGACCAGAUCUCUCCGAUGGAAACAAGUUCACCGAUCGUCUCUAGAGAAUCAUAUUACCAAGCUCCUGAAGCUUACAAGAUGAAUAAACCGUCUCAAAAAUGGGACGUCUAUUCAUUCGGUUUAUUGGUACUCGAAAUGGUAACCGGAAAAUCUCCGGUUAUGCAGACGGAUUUGGUUAUGUGGGUUGAGUCGGCUAGUGAGAGAAAUAAACCGAUUUGGUAUGUUCUUGAUCCGGUUUUAGCUCGAGAUAGAGAUAUGGAAGAAAGUAGGGUUCAAGCGAUCAAAAUCGGUUUGGCUUGUGUACAGAAAAUCCCAGAUAAAAGACCAACCAUGAGAAAUGUCUUUGAGAGCUUCGCAAAACUUGUAUCUUCGAUUUAAUAAAUUAACUUUUUAUGAUAAUUUUUAUGUUUUUCCUUCAUCAUUGUGAUCUAUUAUGUAAGAAUAUUCAAGCAAUUCGGAACUAAUAAAGACAAAAAGGAAGAGUAUUUUUGAUUGAAAAUGAAAUAAAUUAACAAAGAUGUCUCAAUAAUACAUUCACAAUCCUUUACCCGACCAGGAAUCUUAAGCGGAGCUUUUUCCAUAGGUCAAUUUAUCUCCAAUGUCAUCGAAAUUGAAUCCGCCGCCAACUCCAAACCCGUACCCAAGCCCGACCCCGAUACCGCAACCCAUCCCGACGCCAAACACCACAUUAGAAUGGUUAAUCCCUUCAGAAGCGACUACUCCGAGCCCGCCGGUGAGACCAAAUCCGAGUCCAACGCCGCAGCCUAAACCGCCGCCGAUCCCGGGACCUCCGGUUUUGUCCUUGAUCUUCUCAAUGUGUUCCCGGAGGAAUCUGAUAACCGAAAACUCGGAUUUCCCGGUUUUGAUGACUGGUUUUCGGGUCCAGAGGUUAUCUGAUCUCAUGGUUUUGUGAUUGUGGAUUUAUGAGUGAGAAAACCAGAUAAGAUUGAGAUAAAUUAAGUAUAGGCAUAUGGAUUUACGUAUAAUUAACCUGUGGACAGUAUUAUUUACGUAUUUAUUGGGCUUAAGAACCAUUUUAUCCGGCCC